GAUUAAUUAUGUAAAGACGAACCGAAAUACGAUAUCACAGACUAAACUUUGAAGUAAAAAACCGAACAGAAGAUAAGAUUAGUUUACGAGGCGAACAGUCGGUUGAGUACAGGUGUCGGAUCACUAAUGUGCAUGGUGUUGCAGUUGGUCUCACCCUCCCCCUUCAUUACACCUGUUCUUGUCUUGCUCACUGCAACUCUGCUUUCAUGGACACCUACAAGCUUCCCACCCCCUUCCUUUUUUGCACUAAGCUCCUCUCCUACUGCACACCGCCCUUCUUCCGGCGUACGGGCGGCGGCGGCGGCGGUACGCCCCUCCUAGGGAGGGUGGCUAUGGGCGUGGCCGCGGCUGCCUACGUCUUGAUGGUGCUGAUCGCGGCCAUGGUUGCGGCCGCGGUGGUAGGCGUCGGGCUGGUCAAUUCGUGGGCGGAGCAGCCGAUUUAUGUGAAGGAGAGUGUGCAGUUCGAUUACAGCGACGCUCAUCCCACCGCCCUCUUGACCUUCGGGAACGGGCAGGCCGUGCCGCCCGGCCACACCGUCUUCGUCACCUUGUCUCUCCUGAUGCCCGACUCCGAUUACAACCGAGACGUCGGCAUAUUUCAGCUGAGCGCCGAGCUGAUAUCGGCGCAAGGAGGCGUGAUCGCGAGGUCGAGCUAUCCGAGCAUGCUCCGUUUCCGGAGCUGGCCGAUCAGGUACGCCCGCACGUUCCUGAUGGGCGUCCCGCUGGUGUUUGGGAUGACGAGCGAGACGCAGAGGGUGACCUUCCCGGCCCUGAGGCACAGGGAGGCGGCAUAUCCUCGCACAGAGGACAUCCGCCUCACCUUGUUCCCGCGGGCGGGGACCACGGCCCUCCCGCAGUUCUAUGAUGCGGAGGUCGUGGUGCGGUCGAGGCCGCCUUGGCUCAAGGAGGUCGUGUAUCGGUGGAGGCUGACCUUGUCGGUUUGGACGAGCUUGUACGUUUUUGUGAUGCUCGUCAUGUUCCUCGUCUUGUUUCUGAAGCCCGUGAUUUUCCCGGCCACUCGCGGUGGGGGGAAGCAUUACGAAGAGGUGGAGCCUCGAGAGGAGGAGAGGCAAGUGUCUGAGUCUCUAGAGAGAUGGCAGACGAGGAGAAGUAAAAGGAAGGCUGCACUUCUUCAAGCGUCUAGCAUCACCUGCAGCCUCCAAGAAGGCUCUGGUGAUUCUGAAUCUGUUUGCUCCUAAUUUUUACUUCACACAUCACUCAUAUACUAGUGUUAUAGAAUGAAUGAUUAGUCUUUGAUUAACUGUGUUUGUAACAAAUUUUCUGCUUUCUUUUUCAAAUGACCAAAUUAAAUCUCUGCAUCACAAAUUCCUAA